GUCACCUAAUAAUCACUAAUAAUAAGAAUAAUAAGCAAUUUUUUUUGACAAAAAACAAUGCCUACAUCUCCAUCCCUAAAAAACUUGAAUCAGUAUAAAGCACCGGAUGGUGGCUGGGGUUGGGUUAUAGUUUUCGGCUCUUUUAUGGUCAGUGUUAUCGGCGAUGGCUUCUCCUAUACGACCGGUUUGUUUUACGCCGAGUUUCUUAGAGAGUACGGAGAGUCGGAAACGGUUACGUCGUUGUUUGACUCGAUAAUGACGGGAACAAUAUAUUGCAUCGGUCCCGUAGCCAGUGGUCUGACCACAACAUAUGGUUGUCGCAAAAUAGCCAUUUUGGGCUCAAUUUUGGCUACCGGCGGAAUGGUGGCCAGUACUAUUUUGGACAGUAUUUAUACACAUUGUUUGACACUUGGUCUGAUUACGGGUAUGGGACUCGGGUUUCUCUAUUUACCUCAAGUAAUGAUAGUAACCUAUUGGUUUGACAAACACUUAUCGCUGGCCACCGGCAUCAGUGUCUGCGGUUCGGGUAUCGGUAUAGCCAUAUUUGCCUUAUUGUCGGAGAAGCUGCUGAACGUAUUCAAUAGCUGGAAGAGUGCGAUGCUAUUGUUGGCCUCAAUAAUGUUUACUUGUGUCGGCUUUUCAUCGUUGUUUCGUAAAGUCGAUUAUAUGCAAGAAAAAAGUGAUCUCAAGAGUGCCCUAAAAGAGACAUUCAAUUUCAAGAUAUUCAAAGACGGUGUGUUCAUCUACUUCGCGAUCGCCAACUUUCUCAAUGGUAGCGUAUUUUAUGUGCCAAUCAUUUUCCUCAAAGACCAUGUCGUGAAAACUCAUAUCGGAACCGAUGCCGAAGCCGUACAACUGUUGGUCUAUUUUGGUUUGUCCAAUGCAUUCGGGCGGGCAUUUUUCGGCUACGUUGCCGACUUUCAAUCACUGAAUCGUAUAGUAAUGUACGGCCUGUCUAUUAUAUCGUACGGUGUGGCCAUUGCAUUGAUGGCCUCUUUUGGCACUCAAUACAUCUAUAUGAUCGUAUGGGUUGUCAUGUUUGGUCUAUCCGAAGGAGCAUUCAUAACAUUAUCAUCGGUAGUAUUAGUAGACUUGUUUGGUAUGGACAGAGUGACCAAUGUGUUUGGCAUAAUCAAUCUGAUAGCGGGAAUGGCAUCUUUUAUUGGUCCGCCACUUAUUGCUAAAACCUUUGACAAAGUGACGGGUUAUACAACGGGUUUCUAUAUAACAUCGAUGUUGACUAUAUUUAGCGGAUUAAUGCUAUUAAUGUUGCCAUUGAUUCACAAAAGUUUAGAUAAUGUUUGGACAAAAAAACAGACAGACAUUGAAGAAAAUGUGAAAAAAUAAUG